UGUCUGGGGGGAAAGAAGGGGAGACAGGUUGCUAUUUCAGUUUUUGUGGUCUCUGAGACUGCCAUUUGCACAUCCACAUUUGGGGAAUCUGCAUUUUAGAAUUUUGCCUGUUUGAUGUCUGGAGGCCCUUGGGAUGCUAAUGCAUACCCAUUGUGGGUAGAAUAGUGAUCUUCAUCUACCAAGUAGAAGGCUCAUUUUUUUUUGUUUCAGAAAGAAGUUGAAAGUGGGGCCCAACCAUGUCACUACAGCCAACUGGGCCUUUUCACCCUGUGCUUGGGUAUGGGACCCAUGGCUCUGCCUGAGAGGUGUGGGUCAGGGUCUGUGAGCUAGGGCCGGUGGUGUACCAUGAGGCUCCUGGCUGUUCUGGAGCAUCCAGGGACUAUGUCUGGUGGGACACUGACUGUGACUCCUGGCCGAGUUUGAAAACCCUGCUGUGUUACUCUGUUCCUUUCCCUCACCAUAAAGGCGCACUUCCGUGCAGGAGGGAUGCCCGUGGUCGAGGGACUGGAGGGACUGGAAGGGCAAGUCUAAAUGGGCUUGUGCAGCGGAGUGGCCAAGCCUUGGCUCAGAUGGGCGAAGCCCCGCCCAUAAUAUCCAAGCACCGACCAAGUGGCUUUGACUUGAACUAAGUCAGCGUAUAUUGAAGUCCCCAAGACACUUUCUCCUUGUCUGCAGUCAGAACGGAGCCAUGCGCAGCCUGGGCCCUUUGCCCCUACCGGCGGAUAAGCCCUUUGACCUGGUCAUUCUUUGUAUUCCUUCUGGCCACUGUUUUUCCUAACGAGGUCAGAGGAUGCUUCUGUGUGGCUGCCCAGCACGUCGCAGAGGUCCAUACUUGUGUCUAUGAAGUGCACUCUGUGCUCUGGCAGGAAUCACCAUCGCUACCGCAGGACCCCCUUUGCAACUUAAUCACUCUAGCUGUGGCUGCCUCAACCAAAAGGAAAGGGCCCAGCGCGGAUGAAAUGCUGUCCGGAGAAACAGGCGCACGGCGAGUGCGCAAUCUUUACUCCAGCGCGCCCAGGGCUGGCGCUGGGGCUUUCCUGUCGGGGUGGAAGCUAGAACCGCCCUCCCCAGAGCCUCCCUGGGAGGGAAGUAAAACCAAGACGUCCCGCCCCGUACCCAAAACGUUACAACCACACAGUUUCGAUCCAUCUCUCCGCUUCCUGACCCUAGAGGGUUAAAUCAGGAGGGUACAACGCCACCCCUUCCUCCUACUUCCCGCCUCCCCCCUCCACCCCCUUACCUUUAAAAAGUUAAAAAAUGUCUGCAGUUGAAAUCUCUUAAAGGGGCGGUGCUGGUGAACGAGUACUCUUGGCACGAGUCGCUGAGAAGGCUGGCUAGGGGCGUGAGUUCGCUCCACCAGCACCAAAACACUGAAAAAAAAAGAGAGAGAGAGAGAAAGAGAGCAAGAGAGGGGGGAAAAAAAGGAAAGGAAAAAAAAAACGGGGGGGGGGGGAGGCAGACAGACACACACUUUAGAUAAGGACAAUUAGUCACCAGUGAGACCCUGUAGGAAGAGAGGUUUAAAUCAGAGGGAUUUAAUGAGGGUGCUCUGUGCCUUCCCUGAAGCCAUGCCCUCUAGCAACUCCCGCCCCCCCUCGUGCCUAGCCCCGGUGGCUCUCUUCUUGGCUCUGUUGCUCCAUCUCUCCCUUUCCUCCCAAGCUGGAGACAGGAGACCCUUGCCUGUAGACAGAGCUCCAGGUUUGAAGGAAAAGACCCUGAUUCUACUUGAUGUGAGCACCAAGAACCCAGUCAGGACAGUCAAUGAGAACUUCCUCUCUCUGCAGCUGGAUCCGUCCAUCAUUCAUGAUGGCUGGCUCGAUUUCUUAAGCUCCAAGCGUCUGGUGACCCUGGCUCGGGGACUUUCGCCCGCCUUCCUGCGCUUCGGGGGCAAAAGGACCGACUUCCUGCAGUUCCAGAACCUGAGGAACCCGGCGAAAAGCCGCGGGGGCCCCGGCCCGGAUUACUAUCUCAAAAACUAUGAGGAUGACAUUGUUCGAAGUGAUGUUGCCUUGGAUAAACAGAAAGGCUGCAAGAUUGCUCAGCACCCUGAUGUUAUGCUGGAGCUCCAGCGGGAGAAGGCAGCUCAAAUGCAUCUUGUUCUUCUAAAGGAGCAAUUCUCUAAUACUUACAGUAAUCUCAUAUUAACAGCCAGGUCUCUAGACAAACUUUAUAACUUUGCUGAUUGUUCUGGACUCCACCUGAUAUUUGCUCUAAAUGCACUGCGUCGUAAUCCAAAUAACUCCUGGAACAGUUCUAGUGCCCUGAGUCUGUUGAAGUACAGUGCCAGCAAAAAGUACAACAUAUCUUGGGAACUGGGUAAUGAGCCAAAUAACUAUCGAACCAUGCAUGGCCGGGCAGUAAAUGGCAGCCAGUUGGGAAAGGAUUACAUCCAGCUGAAGAGCCUGUUGCAGCCCAUCCGGAUUUACUCCAGAGCCAGUUUGUAUGGCCCUAAUAUUGGGCGGCCCAGGAAGAACGUCAUCGCCCUCCUAGAUGGAUUCAUGAAGGUGGCAGGAAGCACAGUGGAUGCAGUUACCUGGCAACAUUGCUACAUUGAUGGCCGGGUGGUCAAGGUGAUGGACUUCCUGAAAACUCGCCUGUUAGACACACUCUCUGACCAGAUUAGGAAAAUUCAGAAAGUGGUUAAUACAUACACCCCAGGAAAGAAGAUUUGGCUUGAAGGUGUGGUGACCACCUCAGCUGGAGGCACAAACAAUCUAUCAGAUUCCUAUGCUGCAGGAUUCUUAUGGUUGAACACUUUAGGAAUGCUGGCCAAUCAGGGCAUUGAUGUUGUGAUACGACACUCAUUUUUUGACCAUGGAUACAAUCACCUUGUGGACCAGAAUUUCAACCCAUUACCAGACUACUGGCUCUCUCUCCUUUACAAGCGCCUGAUUGGCCCCAAAGUCUUGGCUGUGCAUGUGGCUGGGCUCCAACGGAAGCCACGGCCAGGCCGAGUGAUCCGGGACAAACUAAGGAUUUAUGCUCACUGCACAAACCACCACAACCACAACUAUGUCCGAGGGUCCAUUACACUUUUUAUCAUCAACCUGCACCGAUCAAGAAAGAAAAUCAAACUGGCCGGGACCCUCAGGGACAAGCUCGUGCACCAGUAUCUACUGCAGCCCUAUGGACAGGAGGGCCUGAAGUCCAAGUCAGUGCAGCUGAAUGGCCAGCCCUUAGUGAUGGUGGAUGAUGGGACCCUCCCAGAACUGAAGCCCCGCCCCCUGCGGGCCGGCCGGACAUUGGUCAUCCCUCCAGUUACCAUGGGCUUUUAUGUGGUCAAGAAUGUCAACGCUUUGGCCUGCCGCUACCGAUAAACCACCCUCACAGUCACAAGCUACCAGCAGGCCUGCUGAACUGCUUUCCACUCUCCUGCCCUAACAGUGUCCUUAUUUUUCAGACAUCUUCUUAGCAACAAAACAGUCUCUGCUGCCCAAUCCUGCUGGAAUCAGCACAGACUUGCUCUGCAAAGAGACAAAUGCCGUAGCAUGAGCUUAGCCUAGGUAGGCCACAUCCGCCCCGAAGGAAAAUGUAGACUUCACCCGUACCUAUGUAAGGAUGAAGGUAUGUGUGUAGACCUGUAUGUAUCCAUGUACACGUACCAUGAAAACAAGCUGACGGCACGCUCCCAGGACCAAGGAAACAACUCUCCGUGAUCCUGGUCACAUAGCAAUAGAACUAUGGCUCUGAGCCUGUGAUGGCUGCCCUCCGCAGAAGAUGAGGAAAGAAAUAACCAGGUGGGCCUGAAAGAGCCCAGCCCUCUCCCAACUCCUUUCCUUGGCCUGUUCCCUUCUGUUGCCCUGGGUUUCCUACCACCUCUCUUCCCACAGGGGAACAAGUGGGUGGGUCAGCGCCGGCCUGCUGGGCGAGCUGUUUAUGUCGUUUCCUGGCUGAUGUAUGAGUGUGCGCAUCUGGGCUUCUGACAGUGGCAUCCAUCACUCGCUAUUCCUCUGGGAAACGGGUGCUUCCAAAGUAAAAUUGCAAUCAUA